AUGGCCCGAAUAGAAGAGCUCCCCAGCGCCUUCGACGACGCCCUCAACCUGAACGUCCCGCCCACCACCACCAACACGACUACUGCCAACGCCUCCCACGAGACCCCCUUUGGCAUCAAACCCAAUGGGCUAACGACAAGCGACCCCACAGCCCCCUCCCUACCGCCCUCGAUGGCAUCCGUCAAAUCGCACUCGGCAGCCGAGAUCCAGGCGAUGCUGAACCAGACGCCGCUGUUCAUGACGGACGUCGCGGCGGCGGCGCAGCCGGACGAGGGAGGAGGGGAGAACAUGUUCCUGGAAGCCAUCCGCGCGCUGCAGCACGAGGGCACGCAGCUGGAGGUGGCGCGCGGGUUCCGCGAGACGGGCAACGAGCUGGCGCGCGAGAAGAAGUGGCGCGAUGCGCGUGAGUUCUACGACAAGGCGCUGGCGACGGUGCGCGCGAAGGAGGGGCAGGGAGAGGGGGAGGGGAAGGUGGUGUGGGAUGUGAGUGCGGAUCCGGAGGGGGAUAGGGAGGCGAUGAGGGAGGUGGAGGAGAAAGUGCUGGUCAACCGCGCGCUGUGUAAUCUCGAGAUGAAGAACUACCGCUCGUGCACGCUCGACUGCGCGGCGGCGCUGCAGCUCAACCCGCGCAACCUCAAAGCCUACUACCGCACGGCGCGCGCGCUGCUGGCGCUGGACAAGACCACGGCCGCCGGCGACGCCGCGCACCGCGGCCUGGCGCUCGACCCGGCCAACGCCGCGCUGCAGCAGCUCGCGCCGCGCAUCGCCGCGCGCCACGCCGCCCUGGAGCAAGACGCCGCGCGCCGAAGGGCCGCCGACGCGCGCGCCGCACGCAUCGCACGCACGCUGGCCACGGCGCUGCGGGCGCGCGGCAUCCGCACGCGGUCAUCAGCAUCAGCAUCAGCAUCACAGCAGAAGCAGCAGCCGGAGCUGGAGGACGCGGCGAUGCAUCUGGCGCCGGACCCGGAGGCGGCGGGCAGCACGCUGGUGGUGCCGUGCGUGGUGCUGUAUCCGGCGCACGCGCAGAGCGACGUGAUCAAGGCGUUUGCCGAGACCGACUGCGUGCGCGAGCACCUGGCGUACCUGCUGCCGGCGCCGUGGGACCGCGAGGGCGAGUAUACGGUGGACGGCGUGGAGUGCUUCAUGGAGACGGCGGCGGGCGGGCUGGUGCGCGUCGGCAAGGACGUGAGUCUGCUGGAGGUGCUCAGCAGCAGCAACGGUGGUGGUGGCGCGGUGGUCGAGAUUGUCGACGGGCUGGUGACGAUACAUGUCUUGCCGGCCGCCAGGAGCGCGCGGUGGAUCGAGGAGCUAAAGGCGCGAAGGAGCGUGCGCGGAUGA